UCAGAGAUGCCAGGAGUGUGGCAGACAGGCAGACACAGGUUUAGAAGAUUCCAACCCUAGCUCUGGCCAGAGCAUUUCACGUGCAAUCACAUUGUGACAUGCGAAUGACAACCUGGUUGCAAUGUAUCACAGACAACCACAAGAUCGUUAUUAUUAUGAUAAUCCGUCGUGCACACACCACAGACAGCAGUAGACUCGCCACCCCCACCCCAUUGCCUCCUGCAGCUCGGGCUCUUUGGUGCCCGGAACUCUCCGCGCGGGCUGGGUUGCAGCGGGGAGGACCCUGCUCGUGGGGCUCCCGGCCGGAAGCCUCCCGGGAGUGGGGACGUGUCUCUGCGCUGCCGGGCCGAGCGUGUGGCCGUCGCGAGCCGCUGCCAUGGACUCGGCCAGUCUGGUGGAGGAGCUGCAGCUCCGCGUGCGGGAGCUGGAGGAGGCGCUGGCCCGGGAGCGGGGCGGCGGCGGGCAGGGCCAGCGGGCUCGCAUCGAGCGGAUGAGCCCGGAGGUGACCGACUCCAACCCCUACAGCCGCCUGAUGGCAUUAAAACGAAUGGGAAUUGUGAAAGAUUAUGAGAAAAUCCGUACCUUUACGGUAGCAGUAGUAGGUGUUGGUGGAGUUGGCAGUGUGACUGCUGAAAUGUUGACAAGAUGUGGCAUUGGUAAGCUGCUCCUGUUUGAUUAUGACAAGGUGGAGUUGGCGAACAUGAACAGGCUCUUCUUCCAACCUCAUCAAGCUGGACUAAGUAAAGUGCAGGCAGCGGAGCAUACUUUGAGGAAUAUUAAUCCUGAUGUUCAGUUUGAAGUACAUAACUACAAUAUCACAACAGUGGAUAACUUCCAACAUUUCAUGGACAGAAUAAGUUAUGGUGGGUUAGAAGAAGGGAAACCUGUUGAUCUUGUACUGAGCUGCGUGGACAACUUUGAAGCUCGUAUGGCGAUUAACACUGCCUGCAAUGAGCUUGGACAAACAUGGAUGGAAUCUGGAGUGAGUGAAAAUGCAGUCUCAGGACAUAUACAACUUAUCAUACCUGGUGAAUCUGCUUGUUUUGCGUGUGCUCCCCCACUUGUAGUUGCUGCUAAUAUUGAUGAAAAAACAUUAAAGCGAGAGGGAGUUUGUGCAGCCAGCCUUCCUACCACUAUGGGAGUAGUUGCAGGGAUUCUUGUACAAAAUGUUCUGAAGUUUUUAUUAAAUUUUGGUACUGUGAGUUACUAUCUUGGUUACAAUGCGAUGCAGGAUUUCUUUCCAACUAUGGCCAUGAAACCAAACCCACACUGCAGUGACAAAAAUUGCAGGAAACAGCAGGAAGAAUACAAGGAAAAAAAGGCUGCACAACCAAAACAAGUAGUAGUUGAACAGGAAGAAGAAAUAGUGCAUGAAGACAAUGACUGGGGUAUUGAGCUGGUAUCGGAGGUUUCAGAAGAGGAACUGAAGGCUGCUUCUGGUCCACUUCCUGAUCUUCCAAAGGGAAUUACAGUAGCAUAUACCAUACCAAACAAGGAAGAGAAUGUUGUAGCUGGGGAAACAACAGUGGCAGAAUCUGAGGAAAGCCUAGAAGAACUCAUGGCCAAGAUGAAGAACAUGUAGGCAAAUGGAAUAUUGAAUUUAACAUUUGGGAUCUUGCACUAGAGCUGAAUCAAGAAAUAUCACAAGAAAUAAGAUCCUGUAAGAAAUUCCUUUCUUAAAACUUGAACUUUUGGUAAAACAGAACUAUAAAAACUUGGAGAUGGCAUCUCAUAACUGUAUUCUGCUGUCUAUAUACUGCUUUAAAAUACAAAGUUGUACUACUGUAAGUUUUCAUUUCUCAUCAUGCUAGGGUCCAAAUCUCUAGGGGAAAAUUAAAGAUAAUAGACAAACUGACACAAAAAAAGUAAGCAUCGCACAUGAUGUGGAAUGAUAUUCCACAUGUUGGCAAUAUGGGGGAAAUUAAAGGUGGAGUAACCUUAUCUGGAUAGAGUGGUUCAGGGGAUUGAUAAUGGAGUCUUUAACAUGUACAUUACCGCUUCAAAUGUAAACCAGAUUUGUGGUAGUUGUAAGCAUCCUGCUGGCUACUGUUCAAUGGACUAUGCUGUCUAAGUUUGUAGUGUGGCUGUACCUGUGUUGUGGGUAAAUGGAAGGCUUCAAUCUUUUCAUAGGCCAUAAAUUUCACUAGAAAAAUUUUAAAGGGUUCAGUGAUUUGUCAGUUUGUGUCACAUCCCUAUUCUUUCAUAAACAAGUAUUUAUGUAUGUAUUGCUUUGUGUUUGAUAGUGGUGUGAGUAUGCAGUUGUAAGGCACAAGUGUUUUGGUAUGAAUUCUUUGUUACUGGGUCAAUGACUGAGUUGACCAAAACAGCUCCUAGCAUGUCAUCACUGCAGCUGAUGAGAAUUUUUACUAUGUAAACACAUGGCUAUGACUUAUCACUGAAAAAAAUUAACUGCACAGGAAACUUCAGUCUUCUCAAAAACACCUAAAAACCAUUCUUUGUUUACUUUUAAAAUCUAGUUAUUUAGCUCAGGGGUUCUCAAACUGGGGAUUGGAACCCCUCAGGGAGUCACAAGGUUAUUACAUGGGGGGGUUGCAAGCUGUCAGCCUCUACCCCAAACCCUGCUUUGCCUCCAGC